CGGAGGGGGCGGGGCGGGAGCGAAGAUGGCGGCGGAGCUGGAGCGGGUGCGCAUCUCGGCGGCGGAGCUGAGGGGGAGCCUGGCGGCGUUGGGGAGGGCCCCGGGGGGCGGGGGCCGAGAGAACAUGAAGGAACUGAAGGAGCCCAGGCAUCGUAAAGAUAACCGGCGUCCAGACCUUGAAAUCUACAAGCCUGGUCUCUCCCGGCUUAGGAACAAACACACACUAUUAAAACAGGAAGCCUCAGCGUAUGAAGGGACCAGAUCUGAGGAAUCCAAGGAUGAAACUGCUAGUGACAAAGAUCCUGCUGUUACUGGAGGGGGAUCUCAGGUCACUGGAAAUCUCAGCAAAAGUGACAGCCAGAAGCAGAAUGGUCCCUCCCAGGGAAAUGGAGAGAUGGAAAGUAAAGCUAUUUUUCAGAGCCAAGAGAAUUUGGAUAAACACUCUGUCCCGGAUGACUGGUGUCCCAGGAUCAUCAGGAGAACCAAGAAGCCAGACCAGCAGAUCUAUCAGCCUGGGAAACGCCUGCAGACUGUUGCCAAGGACGCAGCCAGCCAGCCAGCCAAUGCUGAAAUCGUCAGUAAGAUGGAGCAGCUGAGAGUUGAAGGAGAUGAAGAGACUGAAAGGGACAUUGGGAAAGGCAGCAACAGCAGUAGAACUAAACUGAACAAAGAGGAGAGGGAGGGAAGCCUGACUAGUGAGGGAAUGAAAACCACAAGGGGGGAAAAAGGAAGGCGGGUAGAGCGGGCUGACAGGGUCAGGAAAUCAAGCGAUGACUUGAUCCAGGGGAAGCUGGGAUCUACAAAGCGAUACUCCCGCUCUGACAAACGGAGGAACCGAUACCGCACCUGUAGCACAAGCUCAGCAGGGAGCAACAACAGCACAGAUGGACCCCCACUGGCUGAUGGGGCAAAGAAGCGACAGGAGCGGGCCAAAGAGAGAAGCCGUCCUAAAAAACAGCUCUCUGCUUCCUCCACUGACUCUCUAGAAGAUGACAAAAUUGGGGAGACAGAUGCUUAUGGCUCCAGCAGAAAUUCAGAGAGAAAGCAUCUGGAGCAGAGCCGAGCUUCUAAAAGUGAGAGUGAGUGGAGCAGCAAUGGGAAGGAGGUCAAGGGAGCCCUGCACGUCACCUUUGACAACAAGACCAUGAGCAGAGACAUCUGUGUGGCGCAGACAGACAAGAAAAAGCCUCCAAAGUCUUUUAAUGUAAGUGACUCCAUAGAGGCUGUGGAGGUGAAGGGCAGGGAGCCUCAAGGGAGAGGCCGUGGGAUUCUCAUCCUGCCUGCCAACACAGACCUCUCUGCCAGUGCUGCAGGCUCUCCCGAAUCUACUCAGUCUGGGCCCAGGCUCCUGCUUGGUAGUGGUGGCAACAAGGGGCCCAGAGGCAGGAGCCGUGGAGGCACCAUGCGCAGGUUGUGGGAUCCAAACAACCCGGACCAAAAACCUGCUCUGAAGAGCCAGACCUCACAGCUUCAUUUUCUAGAUACUGACGAUGAAGUGAGCCCCACUUCCUGGGGGGAUGCACGCCAGUCCCAGGCCUCCUACUACAAAUUUCAGAACUCUGACAACCCCUAUUAUUACCCCAGUCCAAAAGGCCAAGGUACUCAGUAUCCCUAUGGAGGAUACUCUUUGCAAUAUCAGAUGGGCCCCAAUAACAGUGUUUACCCAGGAGCUUACUUCCCCGGAUAUCCAGGCCAGUCAGGGCAGUAUAUCUGCAGCCCCCUCCCCUCUACCCCUUUGAGUCCUGAGAUGGAGCAGCAGAUGAGGAACAUACAGCAGCAGGAACUCAGCAAACUCCUUCGAGAGGCUGGGAACCAGGAGCAGCAGCUCAGCAACCUGCUUUCCAGAGACCGCAUCAGCCCUGAGGGUCUUGAGAAGAUGGCACAGCUGAGAGCGGAGAUGCUGCAGCUGUAUGAACGAUGCAUCCUCAUGGAUAUUGAGUUCUCCGAUAACCAGAAUGUGGAUCAGCUGCUCUGGAAGAACGCCUUCUAUCAGGUGAUUGAGAAAUUCCGUCAGCUCCUCAAAGAUCCACUAGGGGAGAAUGCGCAGGAAAUUCGGAACAAACUGCUUCAGCUCCUCGAUGAGGGCACUAUUUUCUUUGACAAUUUACUUCAGAAGCUGCAGGUGUCAUACCAAUUCAAACUGGAGGAUUAUAUGGAUGGGAUGGCCAUUCGCAGCAAGCCCUUGCGGAAGAUGGUGAAGUACGCACUGAUCAGUGCCCAGAGGUGUAUGAUUUGCCAAGGGGACAUUUGCAGGUACAGGGAGCAAGCGAACGACACAGCAAACUAUGGGAAAGCACGCAGUUGGUAUCUGAAGGCUCAGCACAUUGCCCCCAAAAAUGGCCGUCCGUACAAUCAGUUGGCUCUGCUGGCUAUCUACACGAGGAGGAAACUGGAUGCUGUGUACUAUUACAUGCGCAGCCUGGCUGCCAGCAACCCCAUCCUCACAGCCAAGGAGAGUCUCAUGAGCCUGUUUGAAGAGACAAAACGCAAGGCUGAGCAGAUGGAACAGAAGCAGCAUCAGGUGCUGGAACUGAGCCCUAGCCGAUGGGGGACGGGCAAGAAGUCCACAUUCCGACAAGUUGGAGAUGACGCCACUCGGCUGGAGAUCUGGAUUCAUCCCUCCCACCCCCGCUGCUCCCAUGGUCAUGAAUCCGGCAGGGAAUCUGAGCAGGACAAUGGUCUUGGGAACCUCAGCCCUAGUGAUCUGAACAAAAGGUUCAUCAUCAGUUUUCUCCAUGCCCAUGGGAAGCUGUUUACCAGGAUUGGGAUGGAAACGUUCCCUUCCGUGACAGAGGAGGUCCUGAGGGAGUUCCAGGUGCUGCUGAAGCACAGCCCCCCUCCCAUCGGAAGCACCCGUAUGCUGCAGCUCAUGGCUAUCAACAUGUUUGCGGUGUACAACUCCCAGCCCAAAGAGUGCCUCUCGGAGGACUGUCGCUCAGUGCUCCAGGAACAGGCCACGGCGCUGGGACUCUGCAUGUUUGCCCUGCUGGUGAGGCGCUGCACCAGCUUACUGAAGGCAUCUGUCGGAGCUUGGCCCCAGGAAGCAGAGCAGGCCGAGGAGGAUGAUAUCAAGGUCUCCGCCUUGCCCCAGGAUCUGAAGGAGCUCCUCCCCAGCGUGAAAGUCUGGUCGGACUGGAUGCUCGGCCAUUCGGACACCUGGAACCCCCCUCCCACCUCCCUCGAGCUGCCCAAACAGGUCUCAGUGGACGUGUGGGCGACACUAGCCGACUUCUGUAACAUACUGACCACAGUGAAUCAGUCAGAGGUGCCGUUGUACAAGGACCCCGAUGAUGACCUUUCCCUGCUCAGCCUGGAAGAGGAUCGGAUCCUUUCAGGCUUCGUCCCCCUGCUGGUCGCCCCCCAGGAGCCCUGCUACGUAGAGAAAACCUCGGACAAGGUUAUUGCAGCUGACUGCAAGAGGGUCACAGUUCUGAAGUAUUUCCUGGAAGCCCUUUGUGGACAAGAAGAGCCUUUGCUGGCAUUCAAGGGUGGAAAAUAUGUGUCAGUGGCACCCGUCCCAGACGCCAUGGGAAAGGAAAUGGGAAGCCAAGAGGGAAAACAACUGGAAGAUCAGAAGGAGGAUGACUUGAGGAUUGAGGCAUUUGAAGAUGAUUCUGAGGCUGAAGUCAGUGGAGAAGAGUUUGACAUCAGGGAACUCAGAGCCAGGAAGCAAGCACUGGCCAGGAAAGUAGCUGAGCAGCAGCGUCGUCAGGACAAGAUUCAGGCUGUGCUGAAGGAUCAGAGCCAGAUGCGACAGAUGGAGCUGGAGAUCAGACCUGUCUUCCUAGUACCAGACACCAACGGCUUCAUCGACCACCUGAACAGCCUGAAGAGGCUGCUGGAGUGGCGGAAGUUCAUCCUGGUGGUGCCCCUGAUCGUGAUCAAUGAGCUGGAUGGCCUGGCCAAGGGCCCAGAGCUGGAGCAUCGGGCCGGGAGCCAUGCCCGCCUGCUGCAGGAGAAAGCCAGGAGAUCCAUUGAGUUCCUGGAGGAGCGCUUUGAGAAUCGCGACAACUGCAUGAGGGCUCUGACUAGCCGAGGCAACGAGCUCGAGUCCAUCUCCUUCCGCAGCGAAGACACCACCGGCCAGCAGGGCAACAACGACGACCUGAUUCUGUCCUGCUGUCUCCAUUACUGCAAUGACAAGGCCAAGGACUUCAUGCCCGCCAACAAAGAUGAUCCAAUCCGUCUGCUCAGAGAGGUGGUGCUGCUCACAGAUGAUCGGAACCUGCGUGUCAAGGCACUGACCCGGAACGUGCCCGUGCGAGACAUUCCCACCUUCCUGAAGUGGGCCCAGGAGGGCUGAGCAGGUGUGACUGAGGAGGAGAUGUCCCCGCGUGAGUGACGCGGCAUGUUGCUGGUGGGAGAAUGGCUUUUGAGGCAGCCCUGCGCCACCACCACUGCCUCCCGACCCAUCAAUGAACAAUAAACUCCCCAUCUUCAAACCCACCCGCGAAUGGCCGUGCUGCAAAGGGAAGGUCACUGCUGUGGAUGGGUCAUGUGGAGGCUAGGACUCUGCGGGUUGCCAUGGUCUUUGGGAAGAGUGGGGCGGCAGAGCAGGAGGGCACUGGUCCCUGGGGAAACUUUGGGCUAGCCCCAUUGCCAGUCUCAGCCUCUUGCUCGUCAGCGUCCUUGAUUGGAGAGAGCUCCCGUUGGAGGUCAGUGUUCUCCUUGGACUUGUGCUCUGAAUGGGCCAGAGAGCCUGGGGAAUGGGAACCUCCUGUCUGUUAACUGGCUACGGAAAGGGGGAGGGACCUGGCAUUGUGGCAAUUCCUGCCAGCAGUUUCCAGAGGGGCUUGUGUUCCUGCUGGAGCCCUGGCUGCGCCCCCUGAGACACUGUGAAUGUGGAGGUCAGGGUCUGUCCUGCUCUCUCUGGCCAUUUCGCUCACACCUUGGCUGCUCCUCUCCGCCUGUCUCAAUUCCUUCAUCUGUCCACUUCUGUGGCAGCUCAUGUUAGUGCCCCUGAUUUGACCACUGCUGCAGCUGGGCCAGCACAUCAGCCCCGUCACUUCCCAACAGCGGAGCCUGGCUGGAUGUAAUGUAUAUUGGCUCCUUUUCCCCUUCUGAAGAUGCUCUGGUCCCCUCUCCAGCGGGAGCAGCAGGUUCUGCUCUGAGAACAUCACCUCAAGCUUUGGGGUGGCCUAUUGCUCAGGUUCCAGCGCUACUUUCACGCGAAGGAAAAGCAUUAAAUACCCAGGCAGCAUUGUUCCAUGCUUGCUUCUGUCCCUCUGCCCCAUCUACUCCUGAGCCCCCUGCUCUGCCCCACACACCUUCUGCCCCAUCUAUUCCUGAGCCCCCUGCUCUGCCCCACACACCUUCUGCCCCAUAUACCUCCUGAGCCCCUUGCUCUGCCCCCUGCCCCACACACCCUCUGCCUCAUAUACCUCCUGAGCCCCCUGCUCUGCCCCACACACCUUCUGCCCCAUAUACCUCCUGAGCCCCUUGCUCUGCCCCCUGCCCCACACACCCUCUGCCCCAUAUACCUCCUGAGCCCCUUGCUCUGCCCCCUGCCCCACACACCCUCUGCCCCAUAUACCUCCUGAGCCCCUUGCUCUGCCCCCUGCCCCACAUACCCUCUGCCCCAUAUACCUCCUGAGCCCCUUGCUCUGCCCCCUGCCCCACACACCCUCUGCCCCAUAUACCUCCUGAGCCCCUUGCUCUGCCCCCUGCCCCACAUACCCUCUGCCCCAUAUACCUCCUGAGCCCCUUGCUCUGCCCCCUGCCCCACACACCCUCUGCCUCAUAUACCUCCUGAGCCCCCUGCUCUGCCCCACACACCUUCUGCCCCAUAUACCUCCUGAGCCCCUUGCUCUGCCCCCUGCCCCACACACCCUCUGCCCCAUAUACCUCCUGAGCCCCUUGCUCUGCCUCCUGCCCCACACACCCUCUGCCUCAUAUACCUCCUGAGCCCCCUGCUCUGCCCCACACACCUUCUACUCCAUAUACCUCCUGAGCCCCUUGCUCUGCCCCCUGCCCCACAUACCCUCUGCCCCAUAUACCUCCUGAGCCCCUUGCUCUGCCCCCUGCCCCACACACCCUCUGCCUCAUAUACCUCCUGAGCCCCCUGCUCUGCCCCACACACCUUCUGCCCCAUAUACCUCCUGAGCCCCCUGCUCUGCCCCACACACCCUCUGCCCCAUAUACCUCCUGAGCCCCUUGCUCUGCCCCCUGCCCCACACACCCUCUGCCUCAUAUACCUCCUGAGCCCCCUGCUCUGCUCCCCCAUACCAGAUACACACCCUUAGAUCCUGCCCCACACACUCCCUGCCUCUUGUCAUGCUUGUAACCUGCCCUUAAGGCUUUGACAUUACAAUAAAACUCUCCAUUGAGUCACCCUGAGAUCACAACAGGCCAUGCUUUGGGGUCCUGAGGGAGCUCUCGGAUGCUCACUUUCCCAGGGGCUGUCAUACGGGGCCAGAGGGACCCAGGAGAAGGUGAAUUAUUCCUGUGGCCAGAGGGCAGAAGCAGCUGGGCUGGGCAACAGUUAAGACCCUGACACUGAACUGCCAAUGGUUGCUGCUUGAGCAGCUUUGCGCGGCCUAAUUGCUCCUUCAGCAUGGAGGGGAGCCCUUGAGCUGACCCCAUUGCCCUGUCAUCUGCCUCAUUGAGCCUUGUCAGACAGCAUCCUCUCCAGAGUGGAAAGGGUCCCACAGUACCUGGCACUGGUGCCGGUUUCUGGUGCUGCUGGGCAAGUGCAGACCAGAGAGGCCCACGCAGCUGUGGCUGAGCUCUGUCUCCUCCAUGGAGCCAGCCCUCCUAGUCUGAGACCGAGCCCUAGUGGGGCAGCCCAGGGGGCAGAGGCUGAGGGAGCUGUAGUCACCUCCAAGCUCCCGCAGCUAGGCCAGGUCUCUGCAGAACAGCCUCCGGAGCUCUGUGGCCAGGCAGGUACCCAGCACCUUAAGGAAGGUGCAAUGUUGCCCUCUCUAGGGACUUAGCUGUACUCCCAGGCCUUCCCCACACAGGGCCAGCAUCUCUGCAGGAGCCCAGGGUGCGAAGGGCCCUGUGGGAGGAGUGGAUGGAGGCUGGAGAGGGAGGCAGCAGGACCGAAGCCAGCUGUUGGUUUUUGCCAGUGAGGCUGCUCCUGGCUGCUCAGCCUGAGGGGGAGGGGGACAGUGCUCUCUCAGGCCUCUCUUAGGAGAGAGGGAGGCAGCUGCUUCACUGGCAGACCGGGGGCGGGGGGUGUUCUCUCGCCACCAGCAGCUCAUCCACCCCUUCCCCAGGGGCUGCCUCACCUGGGACCUUGGUAUGGCACAGAGGUGGGGCUCAGGGCUGAGCCCCCAGCCCUGCUGUGCAGAUUACAGAUGCUGGGGUAGCCUGAGUCCUGCGUGCUCACCAACCAGUGCUAGCCAGGUGCUUUGCAAAGGGCCUCACAAUCUCACUACAGACCCUGACUUCCUGUCACAGCUCUCUCCGCGGGUGGCUAGGUGACGGAAGGAGGCACCUGGGCACCUGGCUGGGUGACGAGCCCGUGGACCGAGGUGGGGCUGCGGAGCAGGUCUGUGGCACGCAGAGCAGUAAGGCCGGUACCGUCCCCGCUUCAGCUGCCGGGGAGGUCUCCAGGCCAGCGCAUGGCGCUAAAGGAACUCAAGCUGGAGCCACUGCUGUCUGCUUCUGGACACCCAGCCCAGGACCUUAGGACUCACCGUACCCAGCCAAGGAGCCGCCUGCGGAUGCUGCUGGUGUGAUCUGUGCAAGGAGCUGGGCGGGCUGGGCUUCGCUCUAAGCGACGUUUGCCCAUUUGCUUUUCCCCAAACCGGGCUGUGUUGGAAACGUUUGUUCUGACGACCUGCUGAACUCUGCCAUUGAACAGCCCCUGCUGAGCCAGCGUCAGGAGAGAACUGGCCAGCCGACAGCCCGGGAAAGCUUUUCAGUGAAAGGGACAGUCAGCUCCAGCCCGGACACGCCAUGCCCACCCCUGCACCCCAUUGAUGGAAGGACUUGCCCCCAUCAUCUCCCCUGAUCACUGCUGGCACCCACUGCUGCUUCUCAGAGAUGUGACCCCGGACUGCAGGAACUGCUCUGGGACAUGACUGGGUUGAGUGCUGGCAGCAUGAUCCACCGUGGGCAUGUGAAUGAGCAGCCUGAUGCAAGGACACGCUAAUGACAGUUCGGAGGGAGCUCCUGCUUCCCCCAGGGCUGCUGGCUGCUCCCUCUGGCCGGGUGCUGGCUUUGCUCCAUCCCUGCCCUUUGGCUCCCCUGUGACUCUCUUGUCCUUUGCUUCACCUGGUGCCCCACAGGGCCUGGCCAGGCCUCAGGGGUGAUGGCCAUGAGUUGUGUCGCUUUGUUAAGAUGUUUUCUUAAUAAGUUUUUCCUACCAAA